ACACGAUCCUAAAAGACAAGUUCUAUACCUGUAGAUCUUUGAGGAAAUCCUUGCCCUCAUCCGCCUAGACAAUCAACUAGCAAAAUGCCGCCCCAAGCCGUCCAGCGCAUCAGCAUUCGCUGGUUGCCUGAGCCUGCCUACGAAGACACCCAUACAGUCGCCCUCAAUGUCGGGGGAUACUUUAUUGAUUUGCGAGUUACCAAGGAGACUCGCAGCAUUCAAUGGAGCCGCGCCGGGGAGCGAAUUACUCUCAAGACUGAGCCUCCAACAUUCCGAUGGACGCACAUCAUCGACUCGCUGAAUCUCACAGUUCCUGACGAUGCCCACUUCGAAAAGCUUCCCAAUGGGGAUGACCUCGAGAUCGGGACUACACCCUGUCCACACAAAAAUGGAGUUCCGAUAGAUUACGAAGAGGUCUGGAGAGAUAUCACAACACGAGGCGCAGAUAGCAGACCGUCCUGGAUUCUACAGAGCAAGGAUGGAAGCACCUUCAUUGGGAAAGUUGGGCAUAUCUAUCUCGCCAUCCAGAAAGCGUUGGGGGUGGAAUUCGCCGCGCGGCGAGAGGAUUACGAGUCUGAGCUUGGGAUUUGGAAGUGCGCAUUUGAGUCUGGGAAUCAAGCAAAAAUGCCAGAAGCGUCCGCAGUUGUGGCAUUGACAGACAAGGAGGCGCAGAAGUCGGUGGAUGGAGAUCUUGUUAGCAUUGAUGGUGUGGACUUCGUAUUCCGGGGUGUUAGUCAAGACUAAGCAUAGUCGGAAUUGAGUCACAACCCUGCCUCUCGUUCGAGCAAGACAGACAAUACCCU